UUCUCACAGCGUCAUCAUAACAACAACAGGCUGACACCCAGAGCACUUUCACUCUCUCACAGAGACAGAUGCACUGAUAGCAAGCGCUCAGCAGCGAUUUCUGCUCACAGAGGAACAUUUUAGAAAGAGGUCAUGUGGAUGUUAGCACGUUUGUGAAUGUUUAAUCCCAUUUUCUAUUUAAGGAGUGGAAACGGCUUGAGCUGAAAGGAGGUCUGUAGCUGCUUUUCAGAUGCUGGACUAUUAUGGUCCAGCUUGAGAACACCAAGUGCAGUUUUCUCUUCUGCCUUGGAGUCUGCAUCUUAAUAUGUUCUGCCAUCUACCUGAAAGCCAAGAUACCAAACACCCCACUUCCUUCAACUGAAUUGAGCAGACAAACCACGCCAGCUCCCAAAAGCUGUGACAUUCUUCCACCUGCAACUCCCGGGUUUACAUGGCUGCGAAAAGACUGUAAAAAAAUCAGCUAUGAGACCAAACAGGAAGCAAACUGCACUCUUUUGCAGUCAGAUCUGCACUUUAUUAUGGCGCCGCUUAGCAAAGAAGAAGAAGACUUGCCUUUGGCUUUCAUAAUCACCAUCCACAAAGAGCUGGAAACAUUUGUGCGGCUACUGAGAGCCAUUUAUGCGCCACAGAAUGUGUACUGCAUUCACACAGACGCUAAAGCACCGGGAGAAUACAAGACGAGCGUCCGAAACCUAGCUGGGUGCUUCCCAAAUGUCUUUGUGGCAUCCGUUAACGAAAAAGUGACUUACGCUGGCUUCUCCCGUCUGCAGGCUGAUAUCAACUGCAUGAAUGACCUGGUGAAGUCUCCAACAAAAUGGAAAAGAGUUAUAAAUCUGUGCGGCCAGGACUUUCCAAUCCAGACCAACCUGGAACUGGUCCGGUACAUGCAAGGACCCGAAUGGAAAAACAGGAACAUGACGCCGGGAAUCAAACAGCCACCUACUAUGAAGCACAGGACUGAGUUUCAGUACGAGGAGGUAAAAGGCACCCAUGUGGCACCAAAAGGCAAGGGUCAAAAGAAGGGACCACCUCCUCACAACCUGACGAUGUACUUCGGGACUGCCUAUUACUCCUUGACAAGACCGUUUGUGGAGUUUGUCCUCAACGACAAGGUGGCUAAAGACUUGCUGGAGUGGUCUAGAGACACCUUCAGCCCUGAUGAGCAUUACUGGGUGACGCUGAACCACAUGAAAGAAGCACCUGGCAGUUACGUAGAAGGCGAAUGGGAAGGUAACGUCCGUGCAAUCAAAUGGAGGGACCAAGAAGGAACAGCACAUCAAGGCUGUAAAGGACAAUAUAUCAGGGAUAUCUGCGUUUACGGGAUUGGUGACUUACCGUGGCUUAUUGAAAAAGAGAGCAUGUUUGCGAAUAAAUUUGAGACAGCAAACUUCCCAGAUGCCCUGGAUUGUCUAGAACUGUGGCACCGACAUAAAGUUCUCCAGCAGGCUACGGUUCCCAUUCAACCAUCAUGGCGUCUCACCACAGAGGUUGAAGUCAUCAACAGCACACUCAUUUUAAAACCAGGGGACUGUUUCUGAGCAAAGGCCAACAAAAACCUAACUGGAACAUUUUCUGCUUUCCGGUGCAAAUGCGUUCACUGUGGUCAAUGUGCGUCAAUAUUCACGCCCCAUGACAAUGCAGCUCAUGAUGUAUACAUGUUGAAAACGUGAACACUGAUUGUUAUGUGAGUGAUGAGUAAUAAAACUGUUGUACUGUUAAUAGUAAUAGUCACUUAUAUUUAUUUUUAUUUAUUAGCUGUUGCAUAUUGCACUGUUUAAAGUGGAUAAAUAAUAAAGAAUAAAGGCAUAAAAAUCCGAGGCGAAAUCCAAGCAACAACAAACACUUAUUACAAUCAAAGGACAUUAUACUGUGAUAAACACGGUAAUAGAC